AUGCAUGAGGAGUUCAGGAAUGUCAGUGAAACUUCUACUGAUAUACCUGGGAUUCCAUUGGCUCCUUCCAUCAAGAAUUCCAAACCUGGAGUCAUUUUUGUCCUUGAAAAGGCUUUGUUGGUGCCAGCUUAUGUUGGGAGGACAUACGAAAUACUGAAUCCAGACAAGCAUGCUGAUUUUAUGCGCAAGAAAAACAUGAAUCCUUAUGAUUAUAGACCUGACAUUAUCCAUGAGGUUCUUGUUGAUAUAUUGGGUAGCCGGCUUAAUAUGGCAGGUAUGGUUAAAGCAUCUCCAUCCACAUUAGAUAAGCAUUCACCCUUGUGUGUUGGCACCUUCACCGUUCACGUACUACAGCCCAGUUGUUGCAGUAAGUUUAGUAUCAAAGCAAGAGGUAAAGGUGAAAAAGCUAAUGAGAAUCCUUUGGACAAGCAUUUGCCACUGAACUCCCUUAAAAUAGGGCUUUGCUUCAGCUCAUCCAAGGCUGUAAAUUUGAGGGAUUAUGUUACUACCAUCAACAACGAUUGUACUCCAGUAUUCAUAAUUGGCGCCAUGGCUCAUGGGAAGAUCGAUACUGAACAUACCGAUGAUCUCACAUCAGUUUCCUCGCUUCCAUUAAGUGCUUGUUUGUCGUCUAUUCUGGGAACUCACUAUUCAGUAGCCGCAACAAUUAAGUUUAUCCUCAAAAGAUUGAGCAUAUGCAGUAUUCACUUGAUUCAGCUUAGUUCUGUCUCUGCUAUCGGAGAGGGUGCCUUACCUGACCAGGCUGACCUGUGUGGUGUCAAUCCUUUGGUAUUUCUAGCUAAAUUCUGCAUUGCCCUGAAAAUUUCAAAAAAACCUGCCUAA